ACUUCAGGGCCAAAUUUACUAGGCAGAGGGUGGCUUUCAAAGUUAGAAAUGGAUUGGAGAGUGUUACAUCAAUUGACACAAACAAGCUGUCAGAGGCUAUGUGAUGUGUUAGAAGUGCAUGGAACUGUGUUUAAAGAGGAACUGGGCACCUUACAGGGAGCAAAAGCAAAAAUAUACGUUGACAGCAACACCAACCCCCGAUUUUUCAAACCCAGAUCAGUCCCCUAUGCCAUGAAGCCUAAAGUGGAAGCGGAGCUGGAACGACUGUCAAAGGAGAAGAUUAUAGAACCUGUGCAGUUUUCAAACUGGGCAGCGCCUAUUGUACCUGUCUUGAAACCGGAUGGAUCUGUGCGUAUUUGUGGGGAUUAUAAACUCACUGUAAAUAGAGUGUCCAAACUGGAGCAGUAUCCAAUCCCCAAGAUUGAGGAUUUAUUUGCCAUCCUGGCAGGGGGAGAGAGAUUCACUAAACUAGACAUGAGUCAUGCAUACCAACAGGUUGUAUUAGAUGAGGGGUCCAAGGAGUAUGUGACCAUAAAUACCCAUAAAGGACUGUUUAGAUAUAAUCGGCUUCCCUUUGGUGUUUCUUCAGCACCUGCUAUAUUCCAGAGGACUAUGGAGGGGUUGUUGCAGGGGAUCCCUAACGUGGCCAUAUACCUAGAUGAUAUCUUGGUCACAGGAAGCACAGAAAAGGAACACCUCCAGAGUUUGACAACAGUGUUAAGCAGGCUGGAAGCUGCAGGUCUGCGCCUUAAACGGAGUAAGUGUACUUUCCUCGAGAAAGAAGUGGUAUUUCUAGGACACAAAAUAGAUGCCACAGGUUUGCACCCGGUGCAAGACAAAGUCAGGGCAAUACAACAGGCCCCAGCUCCUAAGAAUGUAACAGAAUUAAAAGCAUAUCUGGGACUAUUGAAUUAUUAUAAUAAAUUCCUUCCCAGGGUAUCAACACUGUUGACAGCCCUAUAUGUACUGUUACGCAAAGAUGUGAAAUGGAUGUGGGGAGCUAAACAACAAGAAGCCUUUGAAGCAUCAAAGAAACUGUUACAGUCAUCGGAUGUGCUAGUCCACUAUGAUGCAACUAAAGAGCUGAUCUUGUCCUGCGAUGCUUCACCAUAUGGAGUAGGGGCUGUUCUGUCGCACCGUAUGCCUGAGGGGGUAGAAAAACCAAUUGGAUUUGUAUCCAGAACAUUGACAGAGGCAGAAAAGAAUUACUCUCAGCUGGACAAAGAAGGUUUAGGAGUGAUAUUUGGAGUACAAAAGUUCCACAAUUACAUAUAUGGUCGACAUUUUACAAUCUGUACAGACCAUAAGCCAUUGAUCACCCUAUUAAAUGAGAUGAAAGCUGUUCCACAGAUGGCAUCACCCAGAAUCCAGAGAUGGGCAGUAACCUUAAGAGCAUACGAAUAUACAAUUCAGUAUAAGCCCGGAAAAGAUCAUGGUAAUGCAGAUGCUUUUAGUCGCCUUCCGUUGCCAGAAAGCCCACCAGCAGGAAGGACUGAAGACAGAGUAUUAUUGAUGGACCACUUGGACAUGCCCCCGGUAACUGCAUCACAAAUUAGGGCGUGGAUAGGGAAGGACCCAGUGCUGGCGAGAGUACGAGAAUAUGUGCUCAGAGGUUGGCCGGCACGAGUACAUGAAACAGAGAUGAGGCCCUUCUUUUCCAGAAAAGACGAAUUGAGCGUACUAGAUGGUUGCAUACUCUGGGCAGCCAGGAUGGUUAUACCAAAACCAGGCCGAGUGCAAAUCUUGAAUCAGUUACACCAGGCUCACCCUGGGUCUACACGCAUGAAAGGUCUAGCUCGAAGCUACGUUUGGUGGCCAAAAAUAGACGAAGACAUUGAAAUGCAAAUCAAAACUUGUGAAACAUGCCAAAUACACCAGAAAGCUCCAGCUCAAGCACCACUGCAUCCUUGGGAGUGGCCCGAUAAACCAUGGAGAAGACUACAUAUCGAUUAUGCAGGCCCAUUCCUAGGAAAAAUGUUCCUAGUGAUAAUAGACGCACAUUCAAAAUGGAUAGAUGUUUACCCUUCCAAUACAUCGACAGCUUCAGCAACAAUAGAGAAACUUCGUCACAGCUUCAGUACACAUGGAUUACCAGAAACCAUAGUGUCGGACAAUGGCACUGCUUUCCUCAGUUCAGAGUUUCAAGGCUUUAUGAAAGCAAAUGGCAUUAGCCAUGUAACAACAGCGCCUUACCAUCCCGCAUCUAAUGGUUUAGCAGAGAGGGCUGUGCAAACUGUGAAAGAAUAUUUGAAGAAAACACCAGGAAACACUGUGGAAGUAAAAUUGGCCAGAGCGUUGUUUAGUUACAGGAUUACACCACAAUCAACAACAGGCUUGUCUCCGGCCGAAAUGCUCAUGGGAAGAAAAUUACGAUCUACACUGGAUCUUCUACAGCCUGACUUAAAAAGGAAAAUUCAGAAGAGACAACUGCGAGUCAAAGAAAGACAUGACAAACAUGCCAAGCUCAGAACAUUUGAGCGAGGAGAUCUGGUUUAUGUCAGGAACUUUGGACCAGGGGAAAGGUGGAUUUCAGCGAUCGUGCAAGAUUCAACAGGUCCUGUUUCAUAUACUGCUAAAUUAGGAAAUGGACAAAUAGUGAGACGCCAUGUGGAUCAAGUCCGAGAGAGAGAAAAAAAAUACACCCCUGAGGAAAGUCCAGCAGUUAUUCCAAUAGACCAAGAGAUAACUACAGGAAGCCAACAUUGA